AUGUUGUCAGCAAGACAAGCCGUCAGACGUGCUGGCAUUAGAAGAGGAUUAGCAUCCAGAGCUUACACUCAUGAAGUUCCAUCGGAAUAUUCAAGUAGAACUCCUCCAUAUGCAAAGUUGAUACAGAACUUGGAUUCAGUUAGAAAGAUUUUAGGCAAUCAACAAAAGUUAACUCUUGCAGAAAAGAUUUUAUAUUCUCAUUUAUGUAACCCUGAGGAAUCUUUAGCCAAUGCCAAUGGAUCAGUUUCAAAUAUUAGAGGCUUGGAAUAUUUGAAAUUGAAUCCUGAUAGAGUGGCCAUGCAAGAUGCUUCAGCUCAAAUGGCACUUUUACAAUUCAUGACUUGCGGUAUGGCAUCUACUGCUGUUCCUGCUUCUAUCCAUUGUGACCACUUGAUUGUUGGUAAGGACGGUGCCGAUAAAGAUUUGACCAAAUCGAUUGCUACCAAUAAGGAAGUAUUUGAUUUCCUUCAAAGUUGUGGUGAAAAAUAUGGUAUUCAAUUCUGGGGUCCCGGUUCCGGGAUUAUUCAUCAAAUUGUAUUGGAAAACUUUUCUGUACCUGGUUUGAUGAUGUUAGGUACUGAUUCCCAUACCCCUAAUGCUGGUGGUUUAGGAGCUAUUGCCAUUGGUGUUGGAGGAGCUGACGCUGUUGAUGCAUUAACUGGUACACCAUGGGAAUUGAAAGCACCCAAAAUUUUGGGUGUCAAGUUAACCGGUAAAUUGAACGGUUGGAGUAGUCCAAAGGAUGUCAUUACUCAUUUGGCUGGAUUACUCACUGUUAGAGGUGGUACUGGAUACAUUGUUGAAUAUUUUGGCGAAGGAGUUGAAACCUUAAGCUGUACUGGUAUGGCUACGAUUUGCAAUAUGGGAGCUGAGAUCGGUGCUACCACAUCCACAUUCCCAUAUCAAGAAGCUCAUAAACGUUACUUAAUUCAAACCAAUAGAGCACCAAUUGCUGAAGCUGUUGAAAAUGUUAAUAAAGAAUUUGGUUUCUUAAAAGCUGAUGAAGGUGCUGAAUAUGACCAAGUAAUUGAAAUCAAUUUAAGUCAAUUGGAACCUUCUGUUAAUGGACCCUUCACGCCAGAUUUAUCUACGCCCAUUUCCAAGUUGGGUAAGACAGCAGAAGAACAAGGCUGGCCAUUAAAUGUUUCUGCUGGAUUAAUUGGUUCAUGUACCAAUUCAUCUUAUCAAGACAUGUCACGUGCCGUGUCCAUUAUCAAGCAAGCUGAAGAAGCAGGCUUGAAACCAAAGAUCCCCUUCUUUGUUACUCCAGGUUCAGAACAAAUCAGAGCCACCAUUGAAAGAGACGGACUUAUCGAUACUUUUGAAAACAAUGGUGCCAUUGUAUUGGCCAAUGCUUGUGGUCCAUGUAUUGGUCAAUGGGAUAGAACCGAUGUGGAUAAGAAGUCCACUGAAACCAAUGCUAUCUUUACAUCAUUUAACAGAAACUUUAGAGCCAGAAAUGAUGGUAACAGAAACACAAUGAACUUUUUAACUUCUCCUGAUAUGGUGACUGCUAUGAUUUAUUCUGGUGACAUGAACUUUAACCCUAUAACUGACUCCAUUGUUAAGGAAGACGGUUCAUUAUUCAAGUUUCAACCUCCAGUGGGUGACGAAUUGCCUUCAUCAGGAUUCAUUAAGGGUAGAGAAGAGUUUUACCCUGAAUCCAAUCCUCAACCCAAACCGGAAGUCGAAGUCAAUGUUUCCUCUGAAUCUGACAGGUUGCAAUUGUUGGAACCAUUUCAACCUUGGAACGGCGAAGAAUUAUCAACAAAUGUUCUUUUGAAGGUUGAAGGGAAAUGUACUACUGAUCAUAUCUCUGCUGCUGGUACUUGGUUGAAAUACAAGGGACAUUUGGAGAACAUCUCUUAUAAUACUUUGAUUGGUGCUGUCAAUAAGGAAACAGGUGAAGUUAACAAGGCCUACGACUUGAACGGAGAUCAAUAUGGAAUCCCAGAGUUGAUGAUGAAAUGGAAGGAAGAACAAAGACCUUGGGUUGUGGUUGCUGAACACAACUAUGGUGAAGGGUCUGCUAGAGAACAUGCUGCGUUAUCACCUCGGUUCCUUGGUGGAUCGGUGAUCUUGGUCAAGAGUUUUGCCCGUAUCCACGAGACAAACUUGAAGAAGCAAGGUAUAUUACCCUUGACGUUUGCUGAUGAAGCUGAUUACGAUAAGAUUCUGAGUGGAGAUUUAUUGACCACUAAGAAUUUGGCAGAAAUGAUUGCCAAUUACGGCAACGACGGUACUAUCACCGUUCAAGUGACCAAGAAGGAUGGUUCAACAUUUGAUAUCAUCACCAAACAUACCAUGUCUAAGGACCAAAUUGAAUUCUUCAAGGCUGGAUCUGCCAUCAACUACAUUGGGAACUUGAAGAAACAACAGUCAUAG